UCUGUGGAGUCAUAGGAGUGAGCCACGCCGGGGCUGUGGGAAUAAGAUGGCGGGGAAGAAGAAUGUUCUGUCGUCUCUGGCAGUUUACGCGGAAGAUUCAGAGCCCGAGUCUGACGGCGAGGCAGGAGUUGAAACGGCGGGCAGCGCAGCUGAGGAGAAAGGCGGAUUGGUAUCUGAAGCCUAUGGAGAGGAUGAUUUUUCUCGCCUCGGGGGUGAUGAAGAUGGCUAUGAAGAAGAGGAGGAUGAGAACAGCAAACAGUCGGAAGAUGACGAUUCAGAGACUGAAAAACCUGAGGCUGAUGACCCAAAGGAUAACCCAGAAGUAGAAAAGCGAGAUCCCCAGGAAUUAGUUGCCUCCUUUUCUGAAAGAGUCCGGAACAUGUCACCUGAUGAAAUCAAGAUCCCGCCGGAGCCGCCCGGCAGAUGCUCAAAUCACUUACAGGACAAGAUCCAGAAGCUUUAUGAGCGGAAGAUAAAGGAGGGAAUGGAUAUGAACUACAUUAUCCAAAGGAAGAAGGAAUUUCGGAAUCCCAGCAUCUAUGAGAAGCUCAUCCAGUUCUGUGCGAUUGACGAGCUCGGCACCAACUACCCGAAGGAUAUGUUUGACCCCCAUGGCUGGUCUGAAGACUCCUACUAUGAGGCAUUAGCCAAAGCCCAGAAGAUUGAAAUGGACAAAUUGGAAAAGGCCAAAAAGGAGCGAACCAAAAUAGAGUUUGUGACGGGCACCAAGAAAGGGACCACGACCAACGCCGCCGCCGCCACCACUGCCACGGCCAGCACAGCUGUUGCAGACGCCCAGAAGAGAAAGAGCAAGUGGGACUCGGCCAUCCCGGUGACGACGAUAGCCCAGCCCACCAUCCUCACCACUACGGCCACCCUACCCGCUGUCGUCACGGUGACGACCAGUGCCAGUGGCUCCAAGACCACCGUUAUCUCUGCCGUGGGCACCAUCGUGAAGAAGGCCAAGCAGUGACUGAGGGACCAGCUCGGGGUGGCUCGGACAUUCUCCUUUCCUUCAAGGGGAGGAGCCACUCUGGGACUUGACGAGACUGUGCAGCCCGGUGACCCAUGCCCACUGGGAGGCGCCACUUUGUAUAUUUCAGGACUGGGACCUGCUCCCCGGGUGCCACCCCGAGAGGAGACUCCGUGCAGCCUUCCAGCUGGAAGAGACGUUGCUGCAGCAGAGUGGGGCACUGUGGACAGCGUCCUCCACGCCAUGGGGUCUGCCGCCCUAUUAAAAGCGCUGUAUCCUUACAUCUCAGCAUCUCGGAUGCACUGGCCUCUUCUACAGUCUGUUUUCAGGCAAACAUGAAAGCUCAAGCGUCCUCCCCAUCUUCUUGGUUGGGAUUGUCAGGGUUGACAGUGGGAUGACCAAAGCCUGUGGCGCUGCUCAGAGAAGGUGGCCCAGGAAGUGACUGUGGUCAUUCCCAGUGAACGCCUCUUGGCGUGGGCGGGCAGGGUCCAGAGGGCAGGGGAGGCCCCAGUUCCCGCUGUCUGCUACCCUGACCCUGCAACUCAGCCAGUCCUCAGGCAGGAGCCCAGGCCUCUACUCCCUUGGGGGCAGUUGAGCCCUCCUCGGACCACUUCUUGGACACACCCCAGUUUUUGAAGUCAAGCCAGUGACCAGGAGGGCUGGGGUUGACCCCCAGCCCAUGCAGGGAGGGGGCGAGGUGUGAGCAGGCCCGGUGUGGGGAGAUGAGUCACCUCCUGGCAUGGCUGGGCAGCCGCUCAUUGUUUACGUGAAACCCGGCUCCUGGGAGGCUCCCGCCACCCCACCCUUCCUGUGCCGGUUAUCUCUGCCCCACAGCAGCACCCGGGCAGCGCCAGUGGCCGCCGGGCUCCUCUUGGGGCCAAAACAGAUUUCCCAGCCGCUGCCAGGCCUGGAGUCCGAGGCCGGAGGGAACGGGUCUGCCUUUCCUGCUCUCUGGCAGCUCGCUCCUGCGGCGGGAGGGCUUCGCGUUCAGAGAAGGAAGCGGGGCUGUGAGGAGC